AUGUAUUUUAUUAAAUCAUCGAAUAAUGAACCAACAAUGACAUUAACUGAUAAGACUGAUGAACAUAUAAAUCACCAUCAAGAUGAAAAAGAUGAUUCUGGUAUUGAACAGGACAAUAGUAUUAUAUAUAUAAAAAUUGCCGUUGAAGAUCAAAGUUUACAGAAAGUGCUAAAAUUUAAUUUGGAUGAUACUGUAUGGAGUGCAAAGUUGAAAGUUUUACAACAUUUGCUAAAGGAAGUUAAUGAUGGUUUAAAUUUCGGUCUUUAUUCGCCACCAUCUAAUGGGCGUGUGGGAAAAUUUUUAGAUGAAUCAAGAUGUUUGCGAGAUUAUCCAUUAUGUCAACCAGUUGGAUAUCUUGAAACAAACAUUAAAAAAUUUGUCGAUUGUAUAAAAAUGGAUCAAACGUAUAAAGUUGUCAGAUAUCUUGAACGAGGAUUCGAUCCAAAUCUUCAAAUCGAUGAUGAAACUCCUCUAACAUAUGCAGUUGAUCUUGAGGAUCCACGUGAAAUGAUAAUGGCAUUAGUUAAUGGUGGUGCACAUCUCGAUUAUAGGACAAGAAAUGGGCAAACACCAUUACACAAAGCAGCCAGAGACAAUAAAAAGGCAGCUAUUUUGAUUAUUCUUGAACUGGGUGGUUCACCAAAUGUUUAUGACGGAAAACAAUUGACACCAUUGUAUUAUUGUAUAUUAAAUAAAGCUGAUCCAUAUUGCGCUCAAUUAUUACUUCAAGAUCAUAGUAUUGUCGAUUGUGUAGAUGAAAAUCUUUCAACAGAAAUUCAUCAAGCCUGUAGACUUGGUCUUGUUCAACAUAUCGAAAAUCUUUUAUUUUAUCGAGCGGAUAUCAAUGCGAAAAAUACGGCAGGAAACACACCGUUACAUGUUUGUGCGGCUAAUAACCAGGAACCUUGUGCACGUGUAUUAUUAUUUCGUGGCGCUGAUACAACGUCUGUAAAUAAAGCAAAUCAAACACCCCACGACUUAGCUUUGAUAUCACAAAAUUCAAUAAUUGCAAGUAUUAUUCAACAACUUAAACCAGAAGAUGUUGUACCUUACCGCGAAAAUCCUGUUAUAAAUCCUAAACGUCGGAAUAUCUAUAUUGAACGACGUCUUCGUACUAAUUGUACAUCAACUUCGUCAUCGUUGAAAAGUCGCUCUCAAAGAUCUCCCAUUGUUCAAACAUCUGCUGUCAAUGGUGGAUAUACAUACUCAAGAAAACGUCUAUAUGCAGCUGCUCCAGGGCGAAAAUGUGUCUGUAUUAAACCAUUUAAAGCUCAACAACAAGGCGAAUUAACAUUGAAAAAAGGAGAUAUCAUAGAAAUUUUGAGUGUUGGCGAGCAUGGAUAUCUUGAAGGACGUUCAAAAGAUAGUGAAGAAAAUGGUGAAACAACAAAUGAUGACACAAUUGUGAUUAGUCGCGAUACAUUGUCUGCUUUAAUGAUUAAUAAUGAUUCAUUUAUCCCUAGAACAGUUGUAUUACAACGAGGAAAAAAAGGUUUUGGAUUCGUUUUAAGAGGCUCAAAAGUUGUUGGUCAAGUAUUUAAUCCUACACCAUCACAUCCUGCUUUGCAAUUUCUCGAUAUUAUUGAAGAAGGAAGCAACGCAGACAAAGCUGGACUAAAGCAAAAUGAUUACGUGUUAGAAAUCAAUAAUAUGAAUGUAGUGUCAAUGUCUCAUGAAGAAUGUGUAAAUUUUAUAAAGAAAGCCGGUGAUACUUUAGCACUCAAGGUUGUUACUGCAGUACCAAUAACAAAUGAUUGUGUAUCACCAGUAACUCCAGUUAGAAAUAAUAAUAACCCUCCACAAUCAUUAGCAUGCAGAAGAAAAGCACCUAUUUUGAUUCGAUUACCUGAUCCAUCAGGUAUAUGUGAAACACUUGUGCGAAAAGAUUUUGGAUUAUGUUCGGAUUCUUAUUAUUCUCAUUAUGUUCUGAAAAUAAUUCGUAUGAAGAAACGUAAGAAUUGUUUAAUUACUUUUCUAGAAGAACUUGAUCGUACAUUAGCUGAAUAUGAAUACGGAAAAGAAGGAGCACUACCGAAUAUGAAUAAUAUCGUCACAACAACACCAUCGUUAUCAAUUAAAAGAGGAAAACCAAAACCAGUUGUACCAGAACGUGAUUCCAGUCUAUACGAUUGUUCGUCGACUACAAUUUCUGGUCAACCACAGCAACAACAACAAAUUUAUGGCACAUUUCGACCAUUACCGUCAUCAUUACAGACUGAACGUAAUCUUGCUACAAAUGUGUCUAAUAUAAGACGUAAUUCGAAUUCAUCAUCAAACGAGGCCGACGAAGAAUCAUCACUAUCUUCUUUAAACAGUAAUCAACAUCCAAAAAAUUCCUUCGUCGAAGUAACAAGUUCAUCAACAUUAACUACAAAUACAUCGACAGCGUCCGAUGGAAUCUAUAUGACACCAUCGCUAAUGAUGAAUACAUCUACACCACUAACAACAUUCAAAGGCAUAGCGCCUCUUGCACCACCGUCAGUUGCUCCUUCAUUUCCAUCUUCUUUUCCUUCAUCGAUCGAUAAAGUUAAACCGAGCGAUGUUAAAAAACGUUCAAUGGUUAAAAAACAAUCAUUACACGCGCCAUUAAACUCGAAUAAUAAUAAUAAUAAUCGUGAUAGCGAAACAAUGAACAGUGACAAUGAAAAACAACAAUCGGUUCCUCCGCCCCCACCACCAUUUCCUUCUCAGUUAAAUAAGUUGUCUGUGCAACAGCAACCCUUACAAGAGUCGCCGCCACAACUUAAACAUGUAAACGAAAAGCCUGUAAAGUCUACCCCGAUGAUUGUUGGCAAUGGAAAUUUACAAACAGAAAUCGAGCAAGCGAGAAAUCGUUUAAAAAAACCACAAUCUAUACAAAUAGGGCAAACUCCAAAGAAAGAGAUAGUACAAUCAAAACCAGAACAACAGCGACCCCUAUCCGCUUUACCAAACGGAAGAACGAAUCAAUCUUCACGUUCAUCAUUAAAUACUCCACGUUCAUCAUCAAAUACUCCACGUCCAUCAUUAAAUACUCCACGUUCUACUAAUCUUCAUUCAUCAUCAACGUAUACAGAACUAAAAAGUAUCGUUAUUGAAGAUUUAACACCGUCUACAACAAUCACAUCAUUUCCACCUCCACCAUCUCCUACAACAUUGAGAAAAAACAUAACGAUAGAACAAAAUAUAACUCCAAGAAGAUCGCCAAAUGAACAAUCAUUAUCAACAUCAUCACCCACUACAACAACUAAAUCAAUUUCUUCAUUAGCUACAUCUUCUCCAGUUAUAGCAGACGUAAGGCAUGAUGCGAAUUUUUCAUCUGUUAUUGCGCAAAAAGCUGCAGAAAAACAGGCGAGAUUUAGCGAAACAAAACCAGUGAAACAAAUUCCCGUAACAUUCUUUUCUGGUAUAAACCAAGCAAAUAUUCAACAACAACCGUUCAAUCGAGUGACCAUAGCAACUGCAAAUGGAACUAUAACACCAGGAAAUGUCAAACAGACAGCCAAUGUGAAUAAUUAUUUUAAUGGUGAAUCAUCCCGUUCUCAUAUUACUUCAUUCUCAUCAACCGUAAUAUCUUCUCCGUCGAUGCCGCCUUCUCCAUCACAAUCAUCUUCACUAUCGAAUUCACCAGUUCAUCAGCAACGUUUUAGUCAUGCUGCUAAUCAAUUAUUAGAAGGUUUAAAACGUCGUACUACACAACCGCAACAAAUAAUGAUUAAACGUUAUAAUCAUCACGGUGAUAGUGGUGGUGAUAGUUGA